AUGACAUCUAGAUACUCGGCCGCUGGCGGCGCCCACCAAAGAGGGGACUUACGUACCCAGCUAUUCAGUACGCCAGGGCAGCACAAUUUCAGUGGCAUACGCCCACUGCGCAGUCAAACACCACCACUGCGAUCGAAUAUGUCUUCACCCUAUGACCCAACUCCAAGAGCAUCAUCUUCAAAUGCCAAAUUUGACGAAUCAUUACUAGCAUCAUUAGAAUCACAAAAUGAUGAAGAGUUGAAUACCAUGGGGGCUAAGAUUAACAUGUUGAAAAAUUUGGGGGAGAAAAUGGGAGUUGAAAUAAACAAGCUGGUUAAAUUGAACGAUGAAAUAACGAAUGGGUUUGAAAAGGGGAAAGUGACGUUGAAAAAUACAUACAAUAAGAUGGUGGUGAUGAGUCAGCGGGCAGGUAUCAGUUGGAAAAUGUGGCUACUUGUCUUUGGGUUAGUUAUACUAUUUUUCUUUUACGUGUGGAUAACGUGA